GGAGGGCUAGAGAAACGGAGCCUGUGCGGAGAGGAGCAAGUCGGUGGCCGUUGUGUGGAGACUGUGUGUGCGUUAGAAGUACCCAUGGAGAACAGUGAAAACUCAGUGGAUGCAAAAUCCAUUAAAAAUUCCGAAACGAAUGCCAUCUCGGUCUGGUACAGAUGUGGAUGCGGCGAACCUCCGAGAAACAUUCACAAACUUGAAAUACGAAGUCAGGAAUAAAAACGAUCUUACACGCGAACAAAUUGUGGCGUUGCUGGACAGUGUUUCUAGAGAAGAUCAUAGCAAAAGGAGCAGUUUUAUUUGCGUGCUUCUAAGCCACGGUGAUGAAGGAAUCAUUUAUGGAACAAACGGACCUGUUGACCUGAAAAAAUUAACAGGUUUCUUCAGAGGGGAUUAUUGUAGAAGUCUAACCGGCAAACCCAAACUCUUCAUUAUUCAGGCCUGCCGAGGCACGGAACUCGACUGCGGCAUUGAGACUGACAGUGGUACCGAGGAUGACAUCGCCUGUCAGAAAAUACCAGUGGAAGCCGACUUCUUAUAUGCGUAUUCCACAGCCCCUGGUUACUACUCCUGGCGAAAUUCCAAGGAUGGAUCCUGGUUCAUCCAGUCACUUUGCUCGAUGCUCAAACUGUAUGCUCACAAGCUUGAGUUCAUGCACAUUCUUACUCGGGUUAACCGAAAGGUAGCUCUAGAAUUUGAGUCCUUUUCUCUUGACUCUGCUUUUCAUGGAAAGAAACAGAUUCCAUGUAUUGUGUCUAUGCUCACAAAAGAACUAUAUUUUUAUCACUAAAGAUGGAUGAUUUUUUUUUUUUUUUUUUAGUUUGUAUGCCAAGGGAGGAAAAGGUUUAACUGCUUUGUUUUCCUCUCUCAUUUAGAUCUAAUCUAAUACUUCAAGUGGUAUUUUGGAACAUGGCACUUUCAUAGCAGCAGAAUUAUGAGGCUACCUCAAACUCAGAAUCAGGUAGUUGAAAUCAAACUUAAUUAGGGAUAAAUAAAAGUGAAUAGUGGCACAAUCAUUGUGAGGGGAAAUGUUUGUAAAUUAACUGCUCUCAUAAUUAGCAAGUUUUAGUGAUGCCAUGCUAUGAAUUCUUAAGUAAAUACGGAAAACGUUAAACAUUGUAGUUAGGAAGUUCAGUGAUCCUGGUAUGCUGUCAUUUAAGAGUAUGCACUCUCGUUUUUGUCACACCAUAGACCUACUGAUGUGGAAUAAGGUGUCCUAGAAUUGUGGGGACCCAUGGACACGGUCAAAGUCUUAAAGACCUACCUUGAUUUUAGAAUCGGUAUUUGGAGAUAAGGCCCCUGUACUUUUAGAUCAUUUGUCUGAGUGCAUGGUUUUGUGAUGUUGGUCCUGAGCAGGUCUUCUGUGGCAAAAAGUCACGUUUACUAUUGAAAAAGAAACUGAGUGUUUUGCUAGAGAGGCAGUGUGCGCAAAUUCCGUUGAUUCUUGUGAGGCUAGAUGCGGCGUCAGUGGAGGGAGACAGGGUCAGAAGUGCGAAGUGCCAGAGAGAGUUCAUCCACCAGCAUCGCGGUCCUGAUGUCUGCGCCCGGGCCCAUCCGCUGAGCUCUCACCAGGAGAGCACCUGAAGAGCAGUUACGUAAAAACCUCAAACUGUGGAUCGUGCUGAUAGCAGCGCGAAUUGACGAAAUUCUACAGGAAUAUAAUAAAACACACCGGGCACAGUAAACAGUGUCAUGCAACGAAGAAGCAAUAAAUCCAUCAGCUGGGUGCUCCAUAACUAGGAGAUGGUUUGACCUGAGCAGAGACACGGCGGGCACAGCCCGUGUGAUGUGAUGGAGACGGGGCCACAGACCAGCUUCAGAAAAACCACCGCCAGUUAGUUGUUUCGUAUGGACUGGUGCGUGUGGAGGAUGAAUCUCCAAGAAAGCAAACCAAAGCAGAAACGUCCGAAUUGGAAAUUUUCCAAAGAAGGUGAGCGUCACAGCCGAAAGCAUAGCACGCUUUGUAGUACGGUUUUUAAGCAAGCUAUUUUCUGUUGAAGUCUACACAGGAAAUGGUCCGGUUAUAAUCAUGUCCUGUUCUCUGAAAUGAAAGGCCCACCGCACACAGAACCUGAGACGGCAGCCAGUCUCCCCUCCCCUGGUGCAGGGGAAGGGGCGCUCGGGCAGGCCCUGGGCCGCUGCCGCGUCACCAGGUCUCCCUGGUUUUUCCGUCUCACGUUGCACAUAAACUAUCUCUUGCUCAAAGAAAGGAACUCACAUUUAUAAUUGACAGCUCUUUGUUUUGACUAUGGAACUUUUUGGAUAAAUGAAGCAUGCAAUGGUAUCUGUGUGACUGUUCUG